AAAGCCGUGUGUGACGUAACCGCUAGGGCUGCCGAUCGCACGCCGCACACACGGUCGCUGCCAGCCGGUCGUGUAGUACGUUCGCUUCGGAGCCGCGGCUUGUGCCAUCGCAAUCGUUGCUUCUCGUCCGCGGUCCAGUGCACUGUGUACCCACGGUCCCACGCCGCUCUUCCGCGCGGCAGGUGAGGUUGGGGCCGGCUUGGCUCCGGUGACUCGAGUUCGCCCUGAGCAGUAUUGAUCGCAUCCCGUUCAAUUGUUUCAAUGUUUAUAAACAGCCGGCCGCAUCUAUUCGUUCGUUGUUUUUGAUACGUUUGCCGAGUGUGAACGAUUCCGACCGCCGCUGAUCCUGUAUGCGCCGCCCGCACCAACAUCUCGCGUUGGACUCAGUGCACAUCUGGAUAGAGUACAACAAAGAGAUAAAUUAUCAAAAACGAGACAUAAAGAAGACUUGUUCAAUUGGACCAUGUAAUAACAAGUAAAUGUGAAUCCAGGUGUUGUUGAAAGGGGCGAUUAAGAGGCAACCAUGCUGUCCUAUAUGGUACCAGUUGAAGAGAAGCCACCCCCAGUUCCCGGGAAGGGCCGUCUCGCACUCGAACUAGUAGCGAGUCCUGGGAGUCCAGAAUCUGCAGCCAAACGUACUCGCACCAACAUUUCGAAGGAGUCAUCGACGUGCUCGUUCGCCAGUGACUUAACGUUUUCCUCUUCUACGCCCACCGGCGCCCACGACAAACCGAAACACAAGCUCCUGAGCAACGGCAGCAAGCACACUUCUUUAAAAAGGGUAUCGUUCGGGAGCUCCAAAGGGUCGAUGGUAGAGACCCUAAUCUACGAGAGCCCCCUUCAGGAGGAGCCAGAGAGCAGCCCGCCUCCUAAGUUCAAAGAAACUGCAUUCCCGUAUACGCCCGUCGAAGACGAUUCGGAGCGUUCAAAAGUCCGCGUGUCCUUCUACCAAGGGGUGCGGCCGCAGUGUCUGUCACCACCGCCGGCGCAGUCGGAGUCUCACGUGCAUUACGCGGAUUUGCUCUCUGCAGCGGCCAACGUCGACAUGGCAGAGCACACUAUGUAUAAUAGACAAAUCAGUACCGAAAGCGGAUGGGAUAACCCAUUCCGUCCAGACGGCGACCUGAGCCGUGAGGCGGACGAGAUCGUCUCCCUCAUCAAGGGUGGGAAGCCCAUCACUCCGACGCCACCUGUCACUAACCAGGUGCCUAUUUGCGAUGAGCAGGAGGAGAAGGUGCAUGCUAACAACCUUAAUGCUAGUCCUCCAGCUUCACCGCAGACCAAGGUGGCUAGUCCAGUGCAGCAGAAGACCGCCAAUGGCACAAAGAACGGCACGGCGGUGCCCGAAGUACGCGCCGGGCCGGUCGAUGUGCUACGCUCCCCGCCGCAGGAGCCAUUGCAGCCAGAACACGUCACCAUCAAGAAGAAGCAGAUGUGCAAAUGCUGCGUCAUCCAGUAAUUUCCAUUUCCCACCGCCUCUUCCUCGCAGCCAGUAACACGCAUGCUUUCUAUAACCAAGCAUAUUCAGAAUGUCGUCCUUUAGCUAAACAACAGGAUCCCUAAUGUGAUAUAUUCGACCUCCGUUUACUUAUUCGAUUGCGUGAUAGUUAACUGAGUUUUAUAUGGAAUCGAAGAAGCGCCAUCUAGUGAUAGUAUGACUUUACAAUAUUUUAACUAGAUGGCGCUUUUUCGAUACUAUGUAAAUCAUAGUUAACUUCCACGCGAUUGAUUAAGUAAACGUAGGUAGAAUAUCUCGCAUUAGGCACGCAGUAUAGUUUUGGCAAAUCAAAAAAACACUCUUUUGUCAUUUGGGCAUGGUUAUGCACGAACGAUUGUCUUGAGGCUUCGGCCGUAGCUAGUGAUCCUACUUGUAAUAAUCGUUAUUGUGUAAACAGCUGUUUUUUAUUUCUAUGUUUUAUUCACGUUAACAGAGAUUAACGAUUACCAAAGAUAAGAAAUUCGAUACAGAUAAUUAUGAUCAUCCUACGAAAGCUAUCAGCUGUUAUCCUACGGUUGCUGAGUGAAAUAAUAUAAUUCUCAGAUAAAGUAAAAAAUACGGAAUAUUUAAUUGAAAUACUUUCCAUUACAGAACUGCUAAGAAAAAAGUGUAAUAAAACUCCUGUGUAUUUACAGGAAUUUUAUGAUUCGACAUAAAAAAAAUAUGUAGCCGUCUUUAAGCCUACCAGGAAUAAUUAUGGAUUGGUUACGUUUUUGUAUAACUUCGUCCAUUUAUACAAAAAAAUGUACGAUAAACCUGUCUUUACAGUAAAAAAAAAUAUUUUUCGUACCAAUAUUGAUGGUUUUAUCAUGCGAUUUUUGUAUUGAAGAGAAGGGAGAGUUCUGCAGCGUUGUCAGCUAAGUAACGAUGGUGUUUACUCGGUGCUAAGCCAUUUCACACUCGUUUCUGUCACGAGAAGUACCUAAAAGUCACGUUCAAAUUACUAUUAUAUCUUGGGAAAUAAUGUGUUCAUACAUUUUAAAAUUAAAUAAUACUAUCGCAUUAAACGUUGUUCUGGCCUGUACUUUUGCGUACUUCGAUAUUUAUAAGCGUGUUUAUUAUUCACGGUUGCAUUUUUACAUGUAACAGUUUUUUUUUGUUUUAUCUGUUAUCAGUUACUUUGUUUUAUAAGAAUUUGUAACAGUUAUAAUAUUUGCGGUAGGGUACAAUUUUUUUUUUUUUUAUUUGACUAGUCUGGUGAGAUGACACGGUUUUGCUAUCGAACUAUAAGAGAAGCCCACCACAGAAAUUGAUUUUAUGAUAAUUUCCUAUAAAUUUUUGAAGAGAAUCUCAGCAAGAUUACUCCAGUAUAUUAAAAUAUCUAAAAAUAAUAAGAGAUAAUAUAUUGAAGAGAUAAAACUAUUAUUGUGACUAAAAUCAGAAUCACUACAAACAAACAAAUGUGAGGUGUUAAAAUAUCAUAAUUUUGAGUAUAAACAAU